GCUCCAACAGCACCAUCUCUGGCAGGUGGUGUGUGCUUUAAAAACCAUACAGUAGGCUAAUGUUUAGGACGAUAGGUAGGUAGUUGUAGAGGAAGAAACACACUUUAGGUUCUUUAUUUGUUGUUUUUUGGUUGAUAGUUUUUCGCUACGUGCCAUUACGCGUCCUUUCAAGCCACCGGGAGCGCAGUGAAUGAGAUGAACGUCGGGGUUUCCCUUUCUGAGCCAGACACUUUGUGCUUUACGGUCAGCGGUGAAUUAGACAACUGCUCCUUCAUCAUCAUGCAGCUGGUGAAAAAAGACGGAAAAGCCCUACAUGUUGAUUAUAUUUCGCCGCCGGUGUUAGUCUGAAUGAAAGAAAAUCUCCCCUACUACCACGGCUGAAAAAAGGACUCACAUCCUGGAGCUGCCUCACCUCAUCCGCCGGUGUUGCAUUUAGUAUGAUAUGUUGAUGACAUUUUUUGGAAGUGGUGGUGCCUUUUGUUUUCAUUUCGGGAUAUGCGGAUCCGUGAAGGCAUCGAAACGCAAGCGAGCGGACGUUUUUUUCUGCUCCUAAAAUGAGGAAGCGUUUUCAUAAAAGACCCAGAAAAUGGCAAGAAGGUCUCGUCGUCCGUGGGCCCGGAUUUGAGUGAAAUGAGAAGGAAAGGAGCAAAUGAUUUUUUUUCCUCUACAGAAUGACACCAAAGGGGGUAAAACAGUGGAGGCAGAUGAGACGCAGCAUCAAUGAAGGCGAUCUGGACAAGUUUUGAGUCGCUCACAAUGAACAGAAAUACUUUGCAGCUCAAUAGCAGAUCGUUUCCACAAUAUUGAAUGAUUUUUUUUCUGCUUUGGGAGAUUUUCUAGUUCACCAGUCAUCUCUUUUCGCAUUGCAUUCGUCAUCUUUUUCAUUAUAUGUUUGAUUUUUUUCUUUUAUAUUUUUGAUUCGGAUCCAGCCCUGCUUAUUCAAUGGAAGUAUGUUAUCAGCUGCCGGUGUUGCCUCUUGACAGGCCGGUUCCCAAGCAUGUCCUCAGCCGGAGGGGAGCCAUUAGUUUCAGCUCUAGCUCUUCUCUCUUCGGGGCUCCUGAUCCAAGACAGCUGUCACAGGUAAAGGAAUGCUAAAACAAAUAUCCUUAUCAUUUUGACAACAUAGGUUCAGCUUGCAUAAUAACACAGCCCCCAAACCAGCAUCUGUUUUAAACAAAUAUGUGAAUAAUCCACAGGAAUCUUGCAGGUGGUUGUUGGAUAUCUAGGCCCUAACACACACUUGCAUAGACACACACACAUUUUCUUAUCUCUUAUAUCUAAACACACUAGUACCAGCCAUCUCCUCAUACUUUGCAUUUGUGCAUGCUGCCUUUUUGAUAAACUCCCUCCUGGUUUACAGUUUAGCCAGCACUGAUAGUGUGUAAAGUAAACCAGUUUGCUCUUAGGACUUGCUACAUUUGUCAGAGGGAACGUGUCACUCUGUUAUUUAUGUUAACAUCCCUUGACACAUUGACAGAAGCAACAUAAAUCAUUGAGUCAUACUUGAACUUCCUGCUUUCUCCGAGUCUUGAACUCUUGAAAAUGUGUCUCACGUAAGCCUGCCUUUGUAUUUCUUACGCUGUGGUGAAAGAAACUAAACUGAUAGGCCACAACAACGUUCUUCAUUUUGUGGGCUCACAUUCUCAUGUGCACAGAAAAAGCAGCACAGCCCUAUAAUGUGUCUCCUAUGACUUAGCCAAACACUGAGUCAAUGUUGUGUGUAAGCAUGUAUCAGAUGAUAUCCUCUCCAUUAGGGCCUGUGUCCAUUACACUUGCUUGACUAACUGCCACACAUGUGUGUCUGCUGAGAAGAGCUGCACAUGUUGUCAUGAGUCAAUGAAGUCAUUCCCACCAUGUUACACUUUUUGAAAAGGAGAAAAAUAUCCAUAUUCUUGCUUCAGUUGUUUUGCACAAAAGCAGCAGGGUGUACUCUCAUUUCAUUGGGUCACGUCCCGCUAGUUGGGCCAUGAACAGAAACUCCCACAGCGUUUCAUGGCAUCUCCUGACACAUUAGCUAAGCAUUAAGUCACUGUCUUUGACUGUGCCCUCUUCAAUAGGCUGUCCAUUAGUGCUUUGUGAGCCACCGCUCCACAUAACCAGCCGUGUGUGUCCGCUUUGAACCUGCCACACCAUCACAGGAAGCUCCCUCAAAGAUAAAUGCAAAGUCUGUCUAUUAAAGUCCGGCAAUGGUGCUCAUCCUAAGUGGCCUUUUUGUCAGGACUAUCAGCAUUGGAUUUUUUCAAUACCAUUCUGCUCUGCAGAUGCAUAUUCCCAAUUCUAGACCAGCAAAUUAGCUUAUUAUUCUUAGUAUUCUGAGAGGUACUAUUGAAAAUGAUAGUUAUAGUGUUGGUGGGAAAAUACUGACUGACUGCUGUCAUUUUGGCAGCUUUGACUAACAUUGCACUCUCCAUUAUCAUCUUUUUAUUAACAUAAACUGGCAAGACUUACCAGCUUAUCUUUUAAGGAGGACUAUUUCUUAUAAAGUAUACUGAUAGCCCAGUACCUGACGUCAGUUGACGUCAAGUGUCAUAACUCUUAAUGUCGGAUCAUGUUUUUAUCAGUCAUUGCCCUCUAUGCUUGCUUUCUUUAUUCAACAACUAGUUAGUAAUUAGUUCAGCAGGGAACAAGAUAACCAGGUUGAUUUUUUGCCCUGUCUGGCAAAAGUUAGCUGAUAUUUGUAGUGGUUCUGGAGAUCAUCUUGCAAUAUCUUCCUGUUGUUUAAGGUUUGGUAGGACUGAUUUUACUUCCCCCGAUCCACUUGGAUGACGAUAUCUGCGAUCAGGUAUUCUGUUGUGUGGGAGAACCCUGAGGACAGCCAAGCACACUCAUGUUGAACAGGAGGAUAGCAAGCAGGAAGCAAGCUGACUGGAGACAGAAGCACAACAAACGCAUUCAGCAGUGAAUGCAUAAAGCAUUAAUGGACUACAGAAAUGUAGGGCCAACAUAUUGAUUUGUGGCAACAUCACAGCAUGCACUGUAGAACCUAAAAAAAAGUCAAACUGACAGGAAGCGUGGAACAGAAAUUGGGAAGGCCGUGGGUUUAGCAGGUAGCAAAGAAGCUAGCAAAGUUCGGCUGAACAACCAUCCAGUUGUCCUCCAUAAUUUCUCAGUUUGUGAUUCAGGAAUGCAGUUGCUUGUGAAUGAUAGCUGUUAAUGUGAGGUGUGCUGUGAUGGCCACAUGGUUGCACUCCACACACCAAAAGAGCAUAGCUGUCACUCAUUAUUUAUUGUCUCUCAAAUCCUCAAAGUCUUUGAAGAUUUGAAAAAUCUUUAAACAUGGGCCAGGUAUUACUUGGCCUGUAAAAAUGAUUGAGGGACCUCAGGCCAUUAUACGUCUUGGUGUUUCUAUACUAUUGCUUCCCAUAUUGCAGGUCUAAAGUAGGGAGAAGGUCUCUAUACAUAAACUAGAUUGCUCAUCCUCUGCAUAUAACCAAAAAAAAGAAGCUUAUUGUGUCUUUUGGUCUGGUUCACCAGUUGAUUUCCAAAGUAGGCCAGAGUUCAUUUCAAAUCGGCAGGUGUGAGGUGUGUGUGCAAUUAUUCUUCUUUGUCGGGAGAGAAAAAAAAGAGGUUCAUUUGCUCCAACAGUGCUAAAGUAGUUUCCAGUGAAAGGGAAAAGUUCUGCAUGUCAUUUUUGAAGAGGAAUUGUUUAAUUUCUCUUAUUUAAAAAGGAAAUGUUUGCAAAAACUGUCCUCUUUGUGCUUGUAUUCAUCAUAAAGAGAUGCAGACAAAGUCAUUCAUCAGUUUUUCUUUAUGAACAGUAGCAGAAUUGGAUAACAUGCUUGCACACACACAGAGGGAUGUCACUCAUCCUUUGUCACAGAGCAAUUACACUUAUACAAAUAUUGUGUUUCGGGCCCUAUUUAUGACCAUAAGGGUGCGUUUGUCCUUGGUGGCUGCUGUGUUUUUGUGUGUGGUUCCACAGGCCUGUUGUUUGUGGAAGCAGCUCUGGGCUAGCAGCAUUGCAGAAAGAGGCAGUUAGGCAUGUGCCUGGGCUCUGUGGGCAGUGGUUUGGCUCGCAGCCAGACUCACAGAUGGCCGGAGUCUCAGUCUCUUUUUCUUUCUCUGGCUAUCUUGUUCCACUCACUCACAAGCUCUCCCUCUCUCUUUCUUUCUUUCUCUUUCUCUUCAAGCCCCCUCCCUCCCUCCCUCCCUCCCUCACAGAUGAAGACAUUUCCUCUUGUAAACAGAGGACGAAAGAGUGGGGUUGAACAGUCUCAGAAGAAUAUGUUACUGUGUGUUUGGGGAAUGCUUAUGAUUGGGAGUAAAUAUGCUGCUGAAGAGGCGUUGAAAACAGCAACAGCAUUAAAUAAAUGUUCUCAUUUAUCUUUUACAAUGCCUCUAUUGUUUUAGGACAAUGCAUGUUGGCUGCCCGUUGACUAAUUCCUAAAAGUGAGGAAGAUGAUAAUUGGGAUUUGGCUUGAAUAUAGUGAUGCAUGCUGGUCCCUUCUGGCUUUGCUUUGGUGAGGGGUGAACACGGGACUGUGAGAGAUCAGAUCAGUGCAAAAUGAAAGGUAAAAAGAGGGCGCAGCAAAUUCUUUAUUUAGCGCCAUUCACAUACGUUCGAACUUAAGGAUAGUUUUUAAUGGCUGAAAAACAUCUGACGGGACUGGACCGAAGCCAAGUUUCUGUGCCGUGUGGCUGGCUGUCAUGAUGUGGGACUAGUAACACACAGUCACAUGUUUCUGACAGGGCUGUGUAAUUGACAACCCCUCCAAAAAAAAGCGGAAGAAAACCUCGCAGGGAUACAAGAAUCAAUAAACAGAUGCAGGGUAUUGAUGAGUUCUGAGCAGUCACAUGGCUUUUAGCGAUAAUGGGAGGAAAGCGGCUUAGACUCAAAACAUCAGUCCAUAAUAUCACGGUCUGAGAUAUCAUCAAGAGUUUGUUGGCCACUGACCCCGGAUCGACUCCUCCUUAUUUCAGAUGUUUAGAGAGAUGAUGAUAGCCCUGUGCAUAAGGGUGGGAGAUAGCGCUGCUUGUUUCAUCCACACUGUGGAUGUUUCUGUACAGAGCACGAUAAGAGAAUACACUACAGUGCUGCUCUCCGAGGGAGUUACUUUGUUGAUUUUAGCUGAACCGAUAAGGUUUUUUUUCUUCCUACACAGUGCCAUCGGAUUGACGUAGUUUCAGGAUGUGGUAAGAAUGCUGAAGGAGUCGUUCAGACUCUGAGCUCGGUGUUUCACAACCUUUCACAAAAGCUUUAACUCUCUCCUCCCCAGAUUCAGGGUUUUCUAGGAAGUUUGUGUGAAUGAGCUGGAAUGGCGGGCUCUGUUUGUUAUUAAGCGAGGAUGUGAAUUAUUUAGUAAAUAAACAGGAGCAGCCCCUUCCAGCCUGCCUUCAUGUAAGUCUUCUCUGUCUCUCUGCCUGUCUGUUUCUCUGUCAGGGGCCCCUCUUAUCACAUGACCAUUUUGUUUUUGUGCUGCAGUGUCGAGUGCAAUCGGCCGUGAGAAUGUGGCUCCACACAUCAACACACUAACGGACACAAUGUCAGGGUUUGGCCACUCUGGCUUAAUAUUAAUCAUAUUUACUGUAGUCCACCAGAUUUUAGAGAGGAGGAAGGGAGAAUGAGUUCACCGGUGUUUGUAGUUUGAAACACCUAACAGUUUUCUGUGGGUACACCACUUGGAGUUUUGUUUGCCCUCUUCAGAAGGUUAAGACUUCUAAGGGAGGAGGGGUAGUAAGCUGGCCUAGAGAAGCAAUUAGAGCCUGGGGAUGAUGUUUAAAAACGAAUGAAAUUCCUGUGCGGAGCAGAAAGCCUGUGAGAGCAUGAAGCCCCCUCCCCCCAAACCUGAACUCCACUUCUUUCUUUCGUAGAGUUACAGGCACAUUUAAAACAGGGCUCUUUUAAAGCUUUCUGCACAGAGAAGCCUUAAAUCAUUCUGAGACACUUUACCAGCCACUUGGAGAAAAAAAACAUUGGUUGCAGAGUUAUCACAGCUCAGCAAGCAUGUUGCUUUGUUCUCCGCUGUAGACGCUACCCUGUCAUCCGCUGGCUAAGGCAUCAGGCCAAUUCACCCCAGGCCUCUCCUCCUCUAAAACUCACUGCAGCUGGAGUGUGUCAGAGUGGACAGUGUUCUCAUAAAACACUCCAACAACAGGUAGACUCCAUCUGGGGCUUUUGUGUAUGCAGUGGCUGGAGUACAAAUAGAAACACACACACAUAUAUGGACACACUCACUCAAUUCAAACCUGUCUGCAUUUAUGGCUUAGCACUCAGUUACUGGAAUGUGCAGUCCCACACAGCAGAGCGCUGCAAGAGACCAUAACUCAGAAGGAAGCUUUCAGUUUAUGAAACAGUGCCGCAGAGUCCAGCUGCCUUUAUCUCAGGAAUUUACAUGAGUGUGUGCAGUGCGUGUGUGAGCUGCUUCAUUUCUGAUAAGUCGGUUUAUAGGAAUACUGCUGGCUUCCUCAUUUGUCUGACCCCAGCUGACCGAAUGUGCAAUAGUAUGUCCCCACCAGAAAAACAGAAAACAUAAACAUUUUAAAGCUAAAUGGCACAAUGAAAGCAGAGUUUGCAUCCAUGUUUGUAACCAAGAAGUAUGGGUAUGUCUUCGUUUGCGCCAGGCUGCUGAAUGUCAGUCAAAGGGCAUCAAACUACAAUAUCAGCUCACCACAGUGCUGUGAUGACAAGAAAGCCUGUUUGGGAGAAAAAAAAAAGCCUCUGUGCUGCUACAAAUUCUUGUUCAUGCAAAUCAGUCAAUGCCCUUUCUACACAUACAGACAAUGCAUGAAUCUGUCUGCAUCAAGCAAACAUCCCUAUGACAGCCGUUAGCAUCUGUUUAACUGUAGGAGUCAGAAGAGGGCAAACACUCAAAGCCUGGGCUAACUCACACUGCCAAAAGUUUUGACAUCAUGUGACCUUCUUGACCUCUGAAACCCGAGUGCCCCGACCCGGGGCAAUGAGACUUAGCCGAGAUAAGGAACAGAGCCGUACGUAAACGAGCUCACAUAAAAUCGCAGAGGACACAAUGAGAAGGCUGUUAUGCUCGCAGUAGACUCCAAACAAAAAUCUGAUUCCCUCGUUCUCAAACUGUUUUCAAGCAAACACAAACUGGCUGCAUCUCUGUGGUUGUUUGAAGAAAGACUGGUUUUCAUGUUCUUUAAGUUUAACAACACUGUUCUAGUUUAAUAUGUUAAGCUUUAAAGUAAACAGAAAAAAGGGGCCUCCUCAAAUACAGGGCAGUGUUAAACCUUCAGUCCGCCCUGGAUUAAUAAGAGACAGAUGGUGCUGAUGCUGCGUUCGAGUUACCUCGAAAGUCGGAUGUCCAAGCUGAAAAUGACGUCACACCCGAGUUCCCAUUGUUUCAGCUACCAAGCAAAAUUGGAGGCGGAAACAAGAUGGCUAAAUUUACGAAAGUUAUUUUAGCGCUUGCCUUGUCGGGAUAUAAGGCAAGCGCUAAAGUAACUUUCGUAGAUGUAGCCAUCUUGUUUCAGGCCUCUGAUUUUGCUUUUUCCUGACUUCGUAACUGAAACACUGGAAACCCGGGUGUGACGUCAUUUCAGCUCUGACAUCUGACAUCCAAGGUAACUCGAACGCAGCAUUGGUGCAUCAAAUAUCUUCCCAGUUCUGCAAGAGCCUGUGCUGAAGAAAACCUGCAAUGGGCUGAGAGAUUGAUACAAGUUUUAGUUAGAGUUUUUGUUUGAUGCUAGAGGCUGUGGGUCUAAUACAGUGGUUCUCAAGUCCAGUCCUCGAGGCCCACUGUCCUGCAUGUUUUAGAUGUUUCCCUGCUCCAACACACCUGAUUCAAAUGAUAAGCUCGUUAUCAAGCUCUGUAAUGGCUUAAUAACGAGCUGAUCAUUUGAAUCAGGUGUGUUGGAGCAGGGAAACUUCCAAAUCAUGCAGGACAGUGGAUCUCGAGGACUGAACUUGAGAACCACUGGUCUAAUACAAAGUGGCAUCCAAUCAUGCUGAGCAGUAAUUCCCCCAAUUUCAAGUAGACCCUUACUCCAGGAAUGCUGACUGCAGUGAAAUGAAAAAAAAUUCCAACAACUCACACUUAAAAAUACAAUGAAGGUGCCCCCCCCAAAAAAAAAAAAAAAACAAAAAAAAAAACACCUCCUUUUCUCAAGUUUGGCUAGUUUGCUAAUCAUUCGCGCUACUAUUAAGGACUUUAAUUUGCUCAAUGGAUGACCCAGCCCAUUUCUUUACCUAGCUUUUGUCCUCUUUAACUGAUAAAAUUGAUGAUGAAUGUAAACAAGGAAACAACCACAACAAGGAAAACAGCUUCUUUAGAAACCCAUUGUUUUUCUUUAUUCAACUGAGGAACAACUGGCAGAUGUCCACUGCAUUGGAUAGCUUUGCUGCGAUGCGUCAUGAUCGAAACCAUUGAUAUGAGCACUGUACUUCCUGUGUCUCCUUUUGAAGAAAUGGGACACACCUCACCUCAGCUGUUGUACAUGAGUUAGUGCCAUCAUCUCCUGCUUCACAAUCAGAUACUACACCACCAUAGCUUGCGCAAGUUUUGUGCAUCUCUGUUCAUCCUUCAUAAAAACAUAGAAAUCCUGUCCUCUAGUGUUCUAACAGAAAUUCAAACAAGCACGACAUGCUCUUUCGAAGGAACCAAAAAUGGACUCUCAGUGUAAGAUUUUACUUGACCCCCUCCGACCUCUAAUGGAAAGAGAAGCUGAGAUAGGACACCAUGAAAUGAACCUUGUAGAUCAUGCAGGUGGAGGUGGUUUGCAAAAGCAUUUCAAAAAGAAGAUUAACCACUGCUGGACUACAUUCCUGAUGUUUCACAUGAUUGAAACUCAUGAUAAGCUUGUGCAAUAAAGAGCAAUCUGCAAAGUGAACUUUAAGAAUGAAUGAGUAGUGUUUGACUUUGACUCUCUGCAUUUCCCUCUGCCCUCGUCGUCAGUGAAGCAGAAAUGACUGUAGCAGCGCUUACAAAGGGGCUCAAGUUCAUGUGCGACCACAACAGCACCACUACAGGGUUUUUGUGUGUUUGGACUUGGCACGACGAGGCGUGGCAGGGGUGUGUGUUGUGGGCGGGCCAUUUCAAGGGUAAAACGUGACUCUCCCCUCUGUUCACAGUGGGAAUGUGACAUUGACCGUGUUUGCUCUGCCUCCUCCUUCAUACCAGUUCACAAGGCAGCACAUGCCAGUGUCCACUUAAGUGCCAACUGGUAGCUGGCCUUUCAUGUGUGUGUGUUUGUGUGUGUGUGUGAAGCAAGCUGUGGCCAAAAGGUUUGUUUGGGCAGGGGCUGGCAGGGCUGGUCACUCUUCCAUUCCCAGCUCAGGGGCCAGCAUUAUACAGUUCCCACGCAUGUUACAGCAGAUACAACCCCCUUACACACACACACACACAGAUUCAGAUACACACAGCCUGAGCUACUAGAUACACACAAUCUAUAAUAUUCACACUAACCACUGGUGCUGUGUGUAAACAUAGAGGCCUGUUGACACUAAAAUACAGCUUUGUAGAUUACCCACCCUGAGUCAAGCUGUUUGCUAGCCGGUAAAAUAUUAGCUUUGGAUCGGUGGCUGUCAUGAGCUCUGGGGGACAGACAGUGUCAGGUGUGUGUGUGUUUAUGUGUGUGUGUGUGAGGGAGAUCUACAGUGAUCUUAAGGAUGUGAAUCACAGAGGAUGUAAGCGUUUUCAUUUCUGUUUGCAUGUGUAUGUGUCCGAGGGGUGGCCGAUCCAUGAUUGUCUUAAAGGGAUCCCAGGAUAAAGUCAGACUUGAUCUGUAAGCUGAGGCGAGUCGGUGCGGCUCCCAGUGGAAUGGGUGACACGAGAUAAGAGUAUCCACAGCAGGGAGAGCAGAGAGCUGCCCUGGAGGGCGGCUAGGAUGUGUUGAGUGCAUCGAGAGGUGAGCCAACACCUCAGCGUAGCCCCGAGCAGCUGUCUGUCGACAGAGCAAAUAUGCACUCACCACCGUCCUACCCACUACAGCGAGCAGUGGGUCUGAGACUGUUCUGCUGCAGCUGCCUCCUGCUGAGAGAUAGUGUACACACUAGAUAGUGUAGCAGACGAAGUGAAGAGAGGAUGAGACACAACUUUCUCUCUUAAAUUGACAUGAUCUACCUCUGGGUUUCAGCACUUUGUUAAACUUUUGAAGUAAACAGGAGCCCUCCUCUUAUUAGAGUAUUUACAACAGGAUGUGACUCUUCGGUCUGUUGAAAUCAAGGCUCUUGAAAUGCUGGAAAACAUUCACUUGUGAAAAAGCACAUCAGUCUUAUUUCUCAAGAUCUAUUGUCUCCUGUUUUCACAUAUAUAUUAAAGUCCAAAAAAGAAAGAGGUUGAAAUAAUUUUGUCCUUAAAAUUGAAAAGUAUGAUCAGCAGAGAUAAUCUUAAGGAAUAUGUCUUCACACUGCCAACCUAACUGCAGCAUAUCUCUACCGUUUACUGUGUGGGAGCCGCUAAACAAGGAGUAUCAAAGACACCAGUAUCUGAGCCAGUAGCCACUGUGUGUAGAAGAUAAGACCCCGGAGAGAAACGGCCUUUUCUAGAGGGCUUCAGAUAAGGGUACACUAGCCAAGACUUCCUUUUCUGUGAAGUUUGAGAGUAGAGAGACAAAAUGUACAACCAGACUGUUCUCCAAACUUCUAUGCAGACUUGUUUUCUAAGAUUAAUAGAAGCCAAAUGGCCUUUUGAUGGUAGUGUUUGGGUCCCAGAAUUGCAUUUUUGCUACCACCCUUGCUCUCGGCACAGACUGAAUGCCCUUUGGUUUUCGGUUCACUCCAUUUUGUAUUUCCACACAGACAUCGUUGAGGAAAACUCCAAAUCAGAUGCAAAAUCAAGAUAAUUAUCAACCUUAGAAAAGAGGUUGCAUAUUCUCACUACACUUGAUGUAAAAAUUAUCGGCUCCCGGCUUUUAAGCUUAGUCUGGAUUUUUAGAUUGGUUAGAAAUGUUUGAACCAAUGGACUGGCCCAAAAACGUACCAAAUUCUGACACCACUACUGGCCAAAGGUUGGUGGACAGGUGGACAUUUGCAAAACAAAUCCAUUCAAAUCCCGUUCACCAGCUGACGUCAGAUCUCGGCAGUAACUUUUACAACUUUUAUCUUCCUGUAUUAUCAACACCAAAGUGUCACGUACAACAAUGUAGUGGGAGCAGUCUUUUUGGAUGGGACCCAGAGCCAUUUCGUUUUAUGAGAAAGGCUGUGUGUGUGUGUGUGUGUGGAUGUGAAUGUGUAUGGGUGUGUGCGUGUUUGUCCACAACACGUGGGUUACUCACAUGACUGAUAGCACCAGUUUAAGAGCCGUAUCAGGCGGAUGAUAUGGAGCUGGAACAUGUUUAUCAGUGAAGCAGUUAGUACACACACACACACACUUACACACCUACACACACAGUGGAGUAAAACUAACAGAUGCAACAUCUCACCACCUUUCACUUUGCAUGCAUGUGUAAAAAAAAAGUUGGCGGUACUCAGUUUUUGACAUGUUAUUGGGGGGAAAAAAGUGUUGGGAUGAUACUGUGGUAAUAUUGUGGUGGUAUAAACCUUAGAGAGUUAUUAAUGAUAUAUUUUUUUUGUUUGUUUAGAGACGAGGGGCCAUCUCCUAUGACAGCUCCGACCAAACAGCGCUGUACAUUCGUAUGCUAGGUAAGUGUUUCCCUGCUCUCAUCUCAUAACCGCACGUGCAGUGACAGCAGACACACACAAACUCACGUUUUCCAGACAUCAGCAGGUUUAUCCCCUCCAUGCUCAUUUCAUUUCUUAAUACACAAUGGCUUAAAAAAGCAGCGAGAUGGGAAAUGGAUGAAGAGAGGGAUGUAGAGAUUAUGAAACGAUGGGAAUGCAAGAGAGCCCACUCCAUCCUGAGCAUUUUGGUAAUCUCUUAAAUCAGUGUGUGAUUGCAGAUUUAUCCUCCAAGUUUGUCCAGGUUGGUUAAAAGUAAUAUACCAGCAGAGAGUAUUUUUUUAUGUUGAGGUGUGUCCAUUUGUCCAGUGCGACCCUGAACAGAAGAAGCACUUUAGAAAUGGAUGAGAGGAAUGAGAGCUUACAUCUCUGCCAGGCAGAUGGACUCAAAUGCAUCGAGGUAGCAGCCAGAUCAGCUUUCCCUUCCUAAUCAAUAAGGUUAUUGAGGAUAAUGGUACGAUUAGAGCCUGGUUGUACCCCCAACAUCAGCCUCACACACACACAUACACGCACACACACUGACAGAUUUGCCCUCGCACAAACUUUUCCCACGUUAAUUCACAGAUCAGAUGGUGUCGGCUUGUAGUGAGCAGCGAGAAAGAAAGCAGAAUCGCUCACUGUGUUCUCCUGUCAGUGUCGUUCAUAGUUAUUAGAUUGCUGCUGUGAAGCGUAGUGAGUAGGCAGGGAGCAUUAAACAGCAGGGGCAUCCAGGCUUACUGAGUGUCUUUUUUGAAAUCCUGUUUACUGUAGCGUCCACCUAAUGUUGCUACACCGUGUUUCUCUCUGACCCUGCUUGAUAACACCGAUGACUCCGCCACUGCCACGUGCUUCUCUUUGCAGCAACAGCGAUUUAUGGAGCUGACUGAAGGAGUUUUAGCUUUUUUUUUUAAUCAUUUUACUUGGCAAAGUCUGAUUGCAGGCUCAUUCGUCACCGGCAUAAAGCAUCUGUGACGAUGGAUUUUUAUAUUAAUUUGAGUGUGAGGAGAGGCACGCUAAUGCAGACGAGUAAGGUCCAGUCUGCCAACUUAAUACUGAUGUGCUUUCAAAUAGCUGGACUCAGAGCUUUUGCCGCAUCAGUUAUAAUGACAUGACCUACAUCCACCCCUGAGCACCAGCACUAAUGCACCGCAGGGGAAACAUGGACCCUGUGACUCUGAAAACACACUAAUCGCACAGACACAUCCACGUGCGUUGCCACAGCACAUGCAUCUGCAGAUGUGACAGAUGUGCAACACACGCACACACACACAUGCACGCAGGAUUACACAUUUGCACGUGGAAUACCAAAGAUACAGUUUCACUCUGCAUUCAUACCAUUCACGUCACAAACUGCCUUUUAGAAUAAUGUGAAGAGGCAACGUAACUUGGAUUGUAAUUCUUAGUUUUUGGUAUUUUGAUAGGAGCAUGUGUAGUUUUCAGGCAGCUGUUAUCAAGUAAGUAACAUGCCAGUCGGGAGAGAAAUAUCUGUGUGAUUGCUUUGAUUUCAAAUCUAAUGCACAUAAGAAACAAUCAGAAGUGACAUGCUGGGAGAAAAUGACCACUGCACCCUGUCGCACCUUGGCGAUUUUUCAGCAUAUAGAGAGUUGCUUGUAACGUCACAGUCGCAUUUUUCUGCAUCAGUGUCAUAGCACUGUCCUGUCACAUCACUACGCUCUCACUGCUCCUGCCUGCAGACUACAAGCAGGCCGGCUCCCGCUUUGGUUCAAGUCCGGAGCCUGUCCCUGACUACUAAAAACAGUCCUUGAUGGACAGUAAAUCACUCUGAGCACUAAUAGUAGAGCAGACUGUCCUGACAUGGCAUUGCAUGCUCAGCUGUUUGAUUGACUCUCCUCCUCUGGGAAGCUAGAGUGUGUGUCUGAGCGUGACUGUGCUGGCACAUGGACAGUAUACACCAGAUUUGAGUUAAACGGUUUUUCCAGAAUCACAUCUUUUGCUUGUUUUCGUUUGCUUUGGGCACCAAGAUUAAAGUUGUUAUGUCAUUUGACAUUUUUGAAUGGAAAGGUGAAGUCCUGCAUCGUUUUAAGAGCUUAGUAUAAGAUGGAUUAUUUUCGGUUUUUAUACAAAGCCAGCAAUGAUGUUGAACACACACACAUUUUGAGCUGCAGUUUGUGCACAUUUACUACAUUUUCCACCAGAAAAAAAGAUGCUUAGAGAUACUGCAGCAAAUAUCAAAGACUGUUUGCUUUGAUGGCAUUCAAUGGCUUCAGCUCCCAUGAGACAGUAACAGUAAUUUCCUGGCCGAAACUCAACAAAACAAACCAAUCUGCUGCUUUGUCUUAAAAAUGAGAAGUUGGUCCACAGCUACUAAACUUGAGUGUUCCUAAGGAGAGAAAGAUUUAUUAAUACAGCACAUCAUGUUGAACAAGAAUCUCGCAUCAAAACUUCCAAGCAAAAAAAAAAACAGAGGUAGCAUAGCAACCGACACUUAACAACCAGUUACAUUACAAAAGGAGUCAAGUAAAGUGAAGGGAGUCUGAAGUCCAGUCCCUCAUGAAUGCUGCCAGAAAACCAAAAUCAGUCUCAGUAUUUAAGAUGAAGAAUUAGAAAGAACCCUGCAGAGAAAAAUACUGUUUGGCUUUGUCUAGUGGAAGAGAAGAGAAGCAGACUUAAAAGAGUGCAGGAUUUCAGCUUCACCUGUAUUUUUCUUAUGAUAGUGCUUUCAUUUCCCCACAGUGAAGCUUUUGAUCUGCGUCGCUCUCAUGCAAAUUUGAAUCCCAGUAUACAAUUAAAACUGUCCAUUUUUUAUAAGCUGCUAUCUGCAGAUACUACUGAUCCUUGCACAUACACUCUUAUUUUCAGACUGCAUGAAUCUUGAGGAAGUAAGUGUUGAUUUCUUCUAGGAGAUGUGAGAGUGAGAAGUCAGGUUGGAUUUGAACCGGAACGAAGAAGCUCCCACCCGUAUCUGUGCAUCGACUUCCGAACUCUUCACAGUGAGUAUUCAGUAGUUUGACGUUUGUUCGAUCCUCUCUGUCAUGAUUGUCAGACGGUCGUGCAUUUGGAGUCGGUGGUUCACGUGAUGGAACGACCUGAUGAAUGGACGAUAUCAUCAUGUGAAUGGGCAAGAUAAAUCACUCUCACUUUCAUUGAAACUGUUGCAUUUGUCAGGAACUUACACAGAGGUGCACUUUGUGUAUGUGCAUGUCUGUGUGUGUGUGUGUGCGCGUGUGCGUUUUGACAUUUUGACCCAUAAGUAAUCCUAUCUCAUGCUGACGUGUUUCCGGAUUGCAGCUAUGGUUUACUCAGACACAGAGCUAUUGUGUGAGGGAAAGUGUAUGCGUAUGUGAGUGUGUGAGCAAGUGUGUGUGCGAGAGAGAGAGACCACUGACAAAGCAUGUCUGCUGUGUGAUUCCAGACGAGAGGCUUACGAGUGGGCGGCUGUGUCAGCAGCGACUGUUUGUAUAUCUCUGUGUUGGUGUCAGAUCCCCACCGAGUUUGUGCAACCCAAAUGAUUCUCUGAGCCUAAUGAGCCUGUAAAAUCAACAUCAAGCGAAGACACUCAUACACAUAUGACAUAUUACUUCUUCUCUCCAUUUCUGUGUGCGUUUGUGCAGCGCGGCUGGGAUGUGGGUCUGCGUCUGAUUCUGCUCCUGAAAGGAGGGUCCACAGACUGCUCAGCUUCCAGAGGUACCUGCACUCAUCCCGCCUGCUGAGGGGAAUCCCCCAGCAGAUCCCCCUCCACCUCCUGGAUGAAGACUACACUGGACAAGCUAGAGUAGGACAUCCACCUUUAUACGUAACACGACCAUAUGUUCACUCAAAUGAAAUGCUGUGUGCAGAUUUCAGGUCAUUUAUUCCGGGCUUCUGUCUCCUCUCUUUUUUAGUGUAUGCUGGAAAAAGUUGGAACCUGGAAUUUUGACAUUUUCCUCUUCGACAGGCUGACAAAUGGUGGGUAAAAUAUGUCCUGAAAUACGGGUCUGAAGUUGUAUUAAAAGUCAGUCAGAGGCAGCACUGAUGAGAAUUAAGCAUUGAACAAACCUCAGAGUCAAUGUGUUUCCAAUGGUGCCAUCUAUUGGACGCCAGUUCUCACAUAAGGGUACUGUUUGAAGAUUUACUCUGUAAUUGAGCCGCUGAAUUUAUUUGUGAGGGAAAAACAAAUCUAAAUAUCCCAGAGUUUAAGUUCCUUUUGUUCUCAGGCUGAUUGUUCUGGUGGAAACAACUGUGUAUUAAAUCAGCAGUCAUUAAACAAGCAAACUGAAACAAAAACAUCUUUAUCCAAUAGAACCCCCAACAGAUAGAAGUCUGUUUCAUUUUGAGUUAAAGCUUUGGUUUCAUGAGUUCCUGUCAUACAUCUGUCUUUACGUGAAAUUGGAGGAGGUAUCAUGAGACAUAAAAACCACCAGAAUGAAUGAUCACAAAGAAACCUCAUUUGGGGAAGUUAAGGAAAGGAGGAAUAGAGAGAGACUGUGCCACCGUGAAAAGACCAACAGAUGGUUGAUGUUUUAUUUAUACGAAUUGAAAGACAUCUGCUCGUUUCUUUGUUCAGGAAACAGCCUGAUCACCCUUACGUACCACCUGCUGAACCAGUACGGCCUGGUGGAGCUCUUCCAGCUGGACAUGGUCAAACUCUGGAGGUUCCUGGUCAUGGUCCAGGAGGACUACCACAGUGGCAACCCCUACCACAACGCUGUGCAUGCUGCAGAUGUCACACAGGCCAUGUACUGCUACCUACGAGAGCCCAUGGUCAGUGAUGCACACGAGACGCUUAUGGAUCUUUUUAGAGACGCAGGAUGUUAGACGAUUCUUAGAUCUAAAAGGAGGGGUAAUUUUGCAAUAUUUGUCAUUACUGCAGCUCGCCAAGUCUAUGACCUCCUGUGACAUCCUACUGGGACUGCUAGCAGCCGCCACACAUGACUUGGACCAUCCUGGGGUCAACCAGCCUUUCCUCAUUAAGACUGACCACUAUCUAGCUACACUGUACAGGGUAAAACAGCUGAACUGCUGUCUCCUCAAACUCUAUCAUCAGUGUGUGGUAGUAGAAAUUAAAUAAAUAAAUUGACAUAUUAAAUGAUAAAAUGGUAUCAUGCAUGUUUUUUCUGUCACUGUGCAGAAUACCUCAGUUUUGGAAAACCACCACUGGAAGUCAGCAGUUGGCCUGCUUAGAGAGACAGGGCUGUUCUCCCAUCUUCCUGCUGAGGACAGGUCAGUCUGACACUGAGCAAAUGAGAAAACACAACACUGAAUUGCACCUAUGGGAGGGAUAGAAAUGUUGCUAAAGAGAAAAACACUUUUCUCCCCUCAGUCUGAAUAUGGAGAGGGAGUUGGGCUCCUUGAUCCUGGCCACAGACAUCAGCAGACAGAAUGAAUACCUGUCCAGGUUUCGCCUGCACCUGGACCAGGAUAACCUGUGCUUGAGCAAUGCCAGCCAUCGGCACUUCGUCCUGCAGGUCUGCUACCUCUGCCUCUGCCAUGAAACUGGUUUAUUUGAGCUCAUGUCAUCUAAUAUACUGUCGAUUUUUGCCAUGCAGAUGGCUCUGAAGUGCGCAGACAUCUGUAACCCCUGCAGACCCUGGGAGCUGAGCAAACUAUGGAGUGAGAAAGUCACCGAGGAGUUCUUCCAGCAAGGUAAACCUCUUCUCUUAAGUGUAUCUAUCUCUGCUUUAAUCGAUUAGUUAUCAGUAGAUCGUAAAUUUAUGUUCAUUCAUUCAUUUAUUGCGCUACUUUUUCAGGAGAUAUUGAGAAGAAGCACAAACUUGAAGUCAGCCUACUUUGCGACAGAGACGCAAACACAGUUGGAAACAUUCAAAUAGGUUCCUGUUUGUUUUUCAAAUUUUCUUCCAUUCAGCUCUCACUUUAAAAUACCAGGCCUUGGCGCUGAUCUUCCUCUUCUACCUCUUCUUGCUCUCCAGGUUUCAUGACGUACGUGGCAGAGCCUCUGUUCGCAGAGUGGGCCCGUUUCUCCGACACGCGUCUGUCCCAGACCAUGCUGGGCCACAUGGGGCUGAACAAGGCCAGCUGGGGCGGCCUACAGCAGGAACAAACCUCCGUCUCUGAAGAGGCAGAGCCCAGCACAUCGGGCGUCAACACAGAAGACGCCCCCGCCGCCGCCGCCGUCGUUGUUGCCCAAAGAGACAGCAACGCAGCCACAACCACAGGAGGAACCAGCUCCAAAGAAAUACCUCAGGGAAGCAGAGAAUCCUGACUCUCCUCGUGUGCCCUUUCACCUCAGCCUCCUGACCCUUGACCCCGGCCUCAGGGCCUUGACACACACUGGGGGCCGGGUGGGGCGUGGGGCAGCCCGCAGCCAUGCCAUGCCCCAUCCGAUCCUAACUCCAUGUUUAUGUUUUGUUGCUUUUGCCUCCCAUCUUGAUAAACCACUGAUUUUAUUUAAUUUAUUUAAUUUUAAUUCCUCUUUUUUGGCAUAGAGCAAUACAUAGAUACCUCAUUUGGCUACUGCUGUAUUUUCUUUUAUUUGCUUUGUUUUAUUUAUUGUCCACUGUAGUUUUGGCAUUAGUGACUGAACACACCACUUUUUUUUGUUUUUUGUGAACCAUAAGGGGAAAACAGUAUGAGAACUGAAGAAGAACCUUUUUUUCUGGUCUUUUGAAGUGCCAUUUGAAAACAAAGAUUUGAAGAAUGAUCUGAACCGAAUUGACGGAGAUGACUGGAGUAUUUCAGACUGUAGACCCUCCUAAGACUAUAAACCGUGUUGCAUUUGUAUUGACGAUUCUUCCUCAUGUAAAAACAACAAAAAAAUGUGACAAGCCCAGUCCUUUUGCUGCCUCUAUGAAGACUGUUUACGCAUCUCCCUGUUUGUUUGUCCUUUCUGUCCCUUGAACUGAACUGAAUCCUGUCGGCUCCACGGUUUGCCUUCGAAGCACAGAUGUGAAGAACCACUUGUUUAAACUGUCAUCCCACUGUUGAAGCCAUGAGCAGACCCUUAUUCAAACACACCAGAUGCCAUAAGUAACUCCGCCUGUGCUACAAACGUGUUCUUGCACUCCUGAAUAAUGAUGGUGUUGGACGUGCAUCCUCUUCUCCACCACACCUUGUGAAGGUAUUGUAGAAAUUAGUCCUUUUUUCUUCCAGUGCUGGUCGAACUCGGGUUAGCUUCCCACCCAGACUGGAGAUCUGAAACUCGCUGCACAUGCAUCUAAACCUGGAACUCCACUCCACGCAACUCGACUCGCUCAGGGUUUUGCCAAGAGGGAGAGGAGGGGGAGGAGGUGACUGCAGGAGAUGCAAGGCUGUUGUUUUUUUUUUUCUGUUCCAGGCUAGGGUCUACUGAAGGAGACUCUCCCUCUCCGCAGAAUGUCUCCCUCAGCCACAUGCAACCUAAAGGACUGCUCGAUUGAUGCCUUAGAACUAUGCACAAACUAUGCUAAGUGACCAAACCAGCUCCUGUUCCCAUCAAGUGCAUGGUGUGCUUGUCUUUGAAUGCACUGUCCAAUCCCUUUGCCUUUUUUUUGUUGUGAGGAACAACUCCAGCUGUCCUUUUCUUUUCUCUCUCUCGCUCUCUUUUGUACGGAAACAAAAUGGUUGAGUGACUUUGAACAUUCCAUUUCUUUGUUUGGUUUGUCUACUUUGACUCUUUAUAGUGGCACAACUUUGUGUUUGUGUUUAAACAUUUUGAAAGAUAACAGGUGCUUUUCUUACUUUAGCUGAUUUGUAUUUUGCUGUAAGUGCUGUAAGACUGUUGAUAAAACUGUUUACAAUUUGUUGCGACAGCCAUUUUUGGGAUGACUAAGUGUCGAGCCAGAUUUUGUAAAGGCUUUGCUGUAUUGACCUUUUUGAUACAUGCCUGUUGCAGUUAAGAUUUGAAUAAUAAAACCUGUUGCUGACAGAC